GUCCCUUGGUCGGGCGGAAUGGAGACUAUAAACUGAACCGAUUCUUUCGGUUUUCACAUGUGUUGGUGGAAAAUUUCAGUUGUGUCUAUAUUCUAAAAGUUGACAAGAGAAAGAAAAUCUAACAGUUUUAAGGAUAAAAGGCUGACAAAGUUAUCAGAACUAGCAAAUAGAGAUACAUCAAAAUUGUAGGAGCCUCAUUUCUACCAGUUGCUACCAUGGCAACCAACUCGGAAAGGCAGAUUGGUGAAACUCUUACGGACAGUUUUGUGAUGGAUCUCCUGACACCAGGAUAUCUACCUGACAUCUCAGCAUUGCAGGUGCCCACAGCAUCAUACCAAGGACCUUAUAUGGAAAUUCUUGAACAACCUAAACAGAGAGGUUUCCGUUUCCGUUAUCCUUGUGAGGGCCCAUCUCAUGGUGGUCUACCAGGGCAGUAUUCUGAGAAAGGAAAAAAAUCAUAUCCUUCUGUUCAGCUGUGUAACUACCAAGGCCCUGCGCGUAUUGUGGUAUCGUUAGUGACUGUAGAUGAGCCUCCUAUGCCUCAUGCACACAGUCUGAUUGGCAAGAACUCUGCUGGUGGAGUUGUAACAGUACAGAUUGGCCCAGAACAAGGAAUGACAGCAACGUUCCCCAAUCUUGGUAUUGAACACGUCACAAAGAAAAUGGUUGGUAAAGUGCUCAUGGAUCGAUAUAUCAAGAUGCAGACACUUCACACAGCAACAUUAAAUGCCCUGACAUCAGCAGAUGGCAAAGGGUUUGAUGUGACAGUAUUAGGAGACCAUGUCGAUGGCGACAGAAGUUCUUUUGAUAAACACUUGGCAGAAGCUGUGGCAGAGGAAGAAUCACAAAAGGUUCGUACCAUGGUGGAAGAACAAAAGCAGAGUAUGAACUUGAAUGCUGUCAGGCUGUGUUUUCAAGCAUUUCUUCCUGAUGAGAGUGGUGCUUUUACAAAAGCUUUACACCCCUGCAUCUCCAACCCAGUUUAUGAUUCAAAGGCCCCAUCAGCCUCAAAUCUAAAGAUUUGCCGCAUGGAUCGCAACUCUGGAUGUGUCUCAGGAUCUGACGAGGUGUACUUGCUGUGUGAUAAAGUACAAAAAGAUGAUAUUGAGGUUAUAUUCUAUGAAACUGAAAUGGAAACUGGGAAAAAAACGUGGGAAGAUCGUGGAGUGUUUGCCCCUACAGAUGUUCAUAGACAGGUUGCAAUUGUUUUCAAAACUCCUGCUUACUGGAAUGUAGCUAUUGAGCAACCUGUGAAGGUACAACUUGAGCUACGGCGAAAGUCUGAUCAGGAGACAAGUGACCCAGUGGAAUUCACUUAUCAACCACAGUUGUUUGACAAAGAGCAAAUUGGUGCCAAAAGGCGAAAGAAGAUCCCGCAUUUCUCUGACUACUUUGGUGGUGGUGGGCCAGGAGGGGGCCCUGGCAUGGGUGGGGCAGGAGGAGGUGGUGGUGGCGGCUUUAAUUUUGGUUUUGGUAGCUUCGUAGCACAACCUAUGGGCUUUUUAGCCUUUAAUACAAACUCAGGAACUUCUCAGUCAGGCAAUCAAGGAGAUGGAAGCUCAUCACGACAGACACAGUUAAAUUCUACUGGACAGACAAAUGCAGCUGGACAGUCGCAAGAAGCAGAUCUCAGAGAAUUAGCAUGGAAUCUUGCCGAGAAAUCAUCAGCUGCCAUGCGCGAUUUUGCUGCCACUGGUGACGUGCGGUAUUUACUUGCUGUUCAGAGGGAUUUAACCGCUGUGCAAGAUGACAAUGGUGACACAUCCCUUCACCUUGCUGUGUUAAAUGCUCGCCAAGAAGUUGUCCAGUGUUUGUUAGAUAUCAUGGCUGGCCUGCCAGAGUCAUUUGUCAGUGAAUACAAUUUCCUGAGACAAACCCCUCUUCAUCUCGCCGCUAUCACUAAGCAACCGCGCAUGUUGGACUGCCUGUUAAGAGCCAGGGCAAAUGCUAGAUCACGUGAUCGUCAUGGAAACACCGCUGUGCACAUUGCAUGCAUGCACGGAGAUGCUGUCUGUCUGAAAGCAAUGUUGAACUAUAAUGUGUCAAAAACUGUUCUUAACUGGCAGAAUUACCAAGGCCUAACGCCAGUGCAUCUAGCAGUGUUAGCGGGCAGUAAAGACGUCCUUAAACUGCUGAAUUCUGCAGGAGCCAACAUGAGCGCUCAGGAUGGCACUAGUGGUAAGACACCACUUCAUCAUGCAGUUGAACAAGACAAUCUGGCCGUGGCUGGAUUUCUCAUUCUUGAGGCAAACUGUGACGUCGACGCUGUUACACUCGAUGGAAACACACCGCUGCACGUUGCUGCAGCCAGUGGGCUCAAGGGCCAGACAGCGCUGUUAGUUGCCGCUGGGGCUGAUACAACAGUACAGAACAGCGACGACGAAAUACCUUUUGACUUGGCAAAUGUAGCUGAGGUUCAGGAAAUCCUGGAUGACGAUGAAACACUAAGUACGGAUCCUUCCCAAGACGAUGAUUUAACACGUGGAUUAACUGGCCUUGCGCUCGGACAAGGUGAUAUGGAUAAACUGGAUCCUUACGUCAGACGAAAAAUGGCUCAAAAACUAGAUCCCACCACUGGAGGUGGAGCGGACUGGCGUGAAUUGGGAAGGAGACUGGGACUAGGGACAUUGGAGAAUGCGUUCGCAAUUCACUCAAGUCCAACUACACAGGUGUUGGCUCAAUAUGAGGCUGCUGAUGGCAACAUCAAAACUCUACGGCAGGUUCUUUACGACAUGCGCAGAGGAGAUGUACUCGAGAUACUCGAUGGGCGGCAAGACUCAGGGUUUGAUUCCGGUCUUGGUUCCCAGUCCUUAUCGGCCAGCAGAUCGGAAGAAUUAUUUUCGUACGAUGAAGGCUUUUCAAAAGGAUCUUCUAGUUCUUCAUUCCAGAAAGGAGCAACGAGUCUUGAACCCACGCGAAAGGCUGGAAAUUUACAACCCAUCAGGAGACACCAAGAUGUGUUUUAACUCGAGAAAUUGUGUAAAAAAAAAAAUAACAAUACACCUAGAUUAGAGCCAUAUUUAGGGUUGUGUAAAGACAGUACAUGACAGUUUUACCAAAAAGUACAGAUGAGGACUGUGAGGCACUGCCCUGAAGGUCAAGACAGCGUGACAGAUGUAGAUCUGGUAUCUUUUUUGCGUUACGUGACUUAAAGUGAGUUUCUCGGUGUGUCUGAGGUCAGCUAUCAAUCGAAUGAGAUCUACACCUACUUGUGGAAAGGGUCGAUGGAACUGUUGAUAGAAUAACCCUUUCAACUCCUAUGGUCGCGUUGAACUUUCCAACUGCAAGAGUUUUCCGGCGUCUGACGGAAAUUGUAGGUAAUGGGUCUAGUGUAAGAUUGUAGGACAUUUAGUUAGAGUGCUGAAUCAUAGUAUACUUCAGAUGAAUCGUGUUAUUAUAAAUUAUCACAUAUAUAUACUAUUUUUUCCUUAUGCAAUCGGUGUUAUUUCUACAAUACUUGGUAGGGUUUUUAAGAAGUUAUCGCUUUGUGGCUUGAAAAGCCAACUCAAUCAUGUCUUGUACGAAUUAGGUUUCGUUUUUAGCUAAUAUUUACUUAUUCGUCAAUAAUUUGUAGCCACUAGUUCGUUUUGUAACCACAUUUCUCACAGGUGGAAUUUUUGAGAUUGUGAAGGAAGCGAGAAGGCUGGUAACCAGGUUUUGAUAGCGUAGGAGACUCUGUCAUGGUUUAUUUGCGUUAAGUCUCGUAGAGCGGCCACUAUCAGCGGCUACUUCGUUAUUGUCUUCAUGGCAUAUGGAAUAAUUUGCUCGUAUUCUUUCAGUUGUAAAUUACUGCAAUUAUUGAGCUUCUGUUCAAAUCUUUAUUGACGAAAUUCAAUAAAACAUAUUAAAAUAAG